UUGUUUUCAUUCCCCCUGUCACACGAGGCAGUGGCAAGCCCGAAGGGGAGGAGAGAAGGGGGCGGAAAGAGGGCGGAAAGUGAAAGGCGCAGAGGGCCUCUCUGUCUCCUGUCUGACUCGGUUCUCGACUGCUCCGGGCCGCCGAUGUAUUGUGGGAUCGCAGAGCCGUCCCUGAGACGCUGGGAUCCGCAGAGGAACCCACUUGAGAGCGCCUCCUGUCGUCCGUAAGGCUGCCCUGCCAUCCCUCGGCACCCCAACUUCCCCCGCCCCCCCAUCGCCUCCUCCUCCAUCCUCCAGUUCAAAAUGGCGACGGCGGCGGCAGCGGCGGCGGUGAUGGCUCCUCCGGGCUGCCCGGGUUCGUGCCCCAACUUCGCCGUAGUCUGCUCCUUCUUGGAGCGCUACGGGCCGCUGCUAGACCUGCCUGAGUUGCCGUUCCCUGAGCUGGAGCGGGUGCUGCAGGCGCCGCCGCCGGACGUCGGCAACGGAGAAGUACCAAAAGAAUUGGUGGAGCUCCAUUUGAAGCUGAUGAGGAAGAUUGGCAAAUCUGUUACUGCAGACAGAUGGGAAAAAUAUUUGAUCAAGAUAUGCCAAGAGUUUAACAGUACCUGGGCAUGGGAGAUGGAGAAGAAGGGCUAUCUUGAAAUGAGUGUUGAAUGCAAACUAGCACUCUUAAAGUACCUCUGCGAGUGUCAGUUUGAUGACAAUCUCAAAUUCAAGAAUAUUAUUAAUGAGGAGGAUGCCGAUACUAUGCGUCUCCAGCCAAUUGGGCGAGACAAAGAUGGCCUCAUGUACUGGUACCAAUUGGAUCAAGAUCACAAUGUCAGAAUGUACAUAGAAGAACAAGAUGAUCAAGAUGGCUCUUCAUGGAAAUGCAUUGUCAGAAAUCGAAACGAGUUGGCUGAGACUCUUGCACUCCUGAAAGCACAAAUUGAUCCUGUACUAUUGAAAAACUCUAGCCAACAAGACAACUCUUCUCGGGAAAGUCCCAGCUUAGAGGAUGAGGAGACUAAAAAAGAGGAAGAAACACCUAAACAAGAGGAACAGAAAGAAAGUGAAAAGAUGAAAAGUGAGGAGCAGCCUAUGGAUAUAGAAAACCGUUCUACAGCCAAUGUUCUAGAAGAGACUACUGUGAAAAAAGAAAAAGAAGAUGAAAAGGAACUUGUGAAACUGCCAGUCAUAGUGAAGCUAGAAAAACCUUUGCCAGAAAAUGAAGAAAAAAAGAUUAUCAAAGAAGAAAGUGAUUCCUUCAAGGAAAAUGUCAAACCCAUUAAAGUUGAAGUGAAGGAGUGUAGAGCAGAUCCUAAAGAUACCAAAAGUAGCAUGGAGAGGCCAGUGGCGCAGGAGCUUGAAAGGAUCGAAUUUGGUGGCAAUAUUAAAUUUUCUCACGAAAUUACUGAGAAAUCUACUGAAGAAACUGAGAAACUUAAAAAUGACCAGCAGGCCAAGAUACCACUAAAAAAACGAGAAAUUAAACUGAGUGAUGAUUUUGACAGUCCAGUCAAGGGACCUUUGUGUAAAUCAGUUACUCCAACAAAAGAGUUUUUGAAAGAUGAAAUUAAACAAGAGGAAGAGACUUGUAAAAGGAUCUCUACAAUCACCGCUUUGGGUUAUGAAGGGAAACAGCUGGUAAAUGGAGAAGUUAGUGACGAAAGGGUAGCUCCAAAUUUUAAGACAGAACCAAUAGAGACAAAGUUUUAUGAGACAAAAGAAGAGAGCUAUAGCCCCUCUAAGGACAGAAAUAUCGUCAUGGAGGGAAAUGGAACAGAAUCCUUAAAUUCUGUCAUAAUGAGUUUGAAUAUAGGUGAGCUGGAGAAAGAAACAGCCCCUUUGAGGAAAGAUGCAGAUAGUUCAAUAUCAGUCUUAGACAUCCAUAGUCAAAAAGCACAAAUAGAGGAACCCGGUCCUCCAGAAAUGGAAACUUCUCUUGGGUCUUCUGAGAUGGCAAAAGAUCUCUCUUUAAAAACUGCUUUAUCUACAACUGAGUCGUGUACCAUGAAAGUUGAAGAAAAGUCUCCCAAAACUAAGAAGGAUAAGCGUUCACCAAUCCUAGAAUGUCUUGAAAAGUUAGAGAAGUCCAAAAAGACUUUCCUUGAUAAGGACACACAAAGAUUGAGUCCAAUACCAGAAGAAGUUCCAAAGAGUACUCUAGAGUCAGAAAAGCCUGGCUCUCCUGAGGCAGCUGAAACUUCUCCACCAUCUAAUAUGAUUGACCACUGUGAGAGACUGGCUUCAGAAAAAGAAUUGGUAGAAUGCCAGAGUACAGGUACUGCUGGUGGUCAGUCUGUGAAAAAAGUAGACCUAGAAACCGUAAAAGAGGAUUCUGAGUUCACAAAGGUAGAAAUGGAUAAUCUGGACAAUGCCCAGACCUCUGGCAUAGAGGAGCCUUCUGAGACAAAGGGUUCUAUGCAAAAAAGCAAAUUCAAAUAUAAGUUGGUUCCUGAAGAAGUAACCACUGUCUCAGAAAAUACAGAGAUAACCUCUGAAAGGCAGAAAGAAGGCAUCAAAUUAACAAUCAGGAUAUCAAGUCGGAAAAAGAAGACUGAUUCUCCCCCCAAAGUUCUAGAACCAGAAAAUAAGCAAGAAAAGACAGAAAAGGAAGAGGAGAAAACAAAUGUGGGUCGUACUUUAAGAAGAUCUCCAAGAAUAUCUAGACCCACUGCAAAAGUGGCUGAGAUCAGAGAUCAGAAGGCUGAUAAAAAAAGAGGGGAAGGAGAAGAUGAGGUGGAGGAAGAGUCAACAGCUUUGCAAAAAACUGACAAAAAGGAAAUUUUGAAAAAAUCAGAGAAGGAUACAAAUUCUAAAGUAAGCAAGGUAAAACCCAAAGGCAAAGUUCGAUGGACUGGUUCUCGGACACGUGGCAGAUGGAAAUACUCCAGCAAUGACGAAAGUGAAGGGUCUGACAGUGAAAAAUCAUCCGCAGCCUCAGAAGAGGGAGAGGAAAAGGAAAGUGAAGAAGCCAUCCUAGCAGAUGAUGAUGAACCGUGCAAAAAAUGUGGCCUUCCAAACCAUCCUGAGCUUAUUCUUCUGUGUGACUCUUGCGAUAGUGGAUACCAUACUGCCUGCCUUCGCCCUCCUCUGAUGAUCAUCCCAGAUGGAGAAUGGUUCUGCCCACCUUGCCAACAUAAACUGCUCUGUGAAAAAUUAGAGGAACAGUUGCAGGAUUUGGAUGUUGCCUUAAAGAAGAAAGAGCGUGCUGAACGAAGAAAAGAACGCUUGGUGUAUGUCGGUAUCAGUAUUGAAAACAUCAUUCCUCCACAAGAGCCAGACUUUUCUGAAGAUCAAGAAGAAAAGAAAAAAGAUUCAAAAAAAUCCAAAGCAAACUUGCUUGAAAGGAGGUCAACAAGAACAAGGAAAUGUAUAAGUUACAGAUUUGAUGAGUUUGAUGAAGCAAUUGAUGAAGCUAUUGAAGAUGAUAUCAAAGAGGCCGAUGGAGGAGGAGUUGGCCGAGGAAAAGAUAUCUCCACCAUCACAGGUCAUCGUGGGAAAGACAUCUCUACUAUUUUGGAUGAAGAAAGAAAAGAAAAUAAACGACCCCAGAGGGCAGCUGCUGCUCGAAGGAAGAAACGCCGGCGGUUAAACGAUCUGGACAGUGAUAGCAACCUGGAUGAAGAAGAGAGCGAGGACGAAUUCAAGAUCAGUGAUGGAUCUCAAGAUGAGUUUGUUGUGUCUGAUGAAAACCCAGAUGAAAGUGAAGAAGAUCCACCAUCUAAUGAUGACAGUGACACUGACUUUUGUAGCCGUAGACUGAGGCGACACCCCUCUCGGCCAAUGAGGCAGAGCAGGCGUUUGCGAAGAAAGACCCCAAAGAAAAAGUAUUCCGAUGAUGAUGAAGAGGAGGAAUCUGAGGAGAAUAGUAGAGACUCUGAAAGUGACUUCAGUGAUGAUUUUAGUGAUGAUUUUGUAGAAACUCGGCGAAGGCGGUCAAGGAGAAAUCAGAAAAGACAAAUUAACUACAAAGAAGACUCAGAAAGUGACGGUUCCCAGAAGAGUUUACGACGUGGUAAAGAAAUAAGGCGAGUUCACAAGCGAAGACUUUCCAGCUCAGAGAGUGAAGAGAGCUAUUUGUCCAAGAACUCUGAAGAUGACGAGCUAGCUAAAGAAUCAAAGCGGUCAGUUCGAAAGCGGGGCCGAAGCACGGAUGAGUAUUCAGAAGCAGAUGAGGAGGAGGAGGAAGAGGAAGGCAAACCAUCCCGCAAACGGCUACACCGAAUUGAGACGGAUGAGGAGGAGAGUUGUGACAAUGCUCAUGGAGAUGCAAAUCAGCCUGCCCAUGACAGCCAGCCUAGGGUCCUGCCCUCAGAACAAGAGAGCACCAAGAAGCCCUACCGGAUAGAAAGUGAUGAGGAAGAGGACUUUGAAAAUGUAGGCAAAGUGGGGAGCCCAUUGGACUAUAGCUUAGUGGACUUACCUUCAACCAAUGGACAGAGUCCUGGCAAAGCCAUUGAGAACUUGAUUGGCAAGCCUACUGAGAAGUCUCAGACCCCCAAGGACAACAGCACAGCCAGUGCAAGCCUAGCCUCCAAUGGGACAAGUGGUGGGCAGGAGGCAGGAGCACCAGAAGAGGAGGAAGAUGAGCUUUUGAGAGUGACUGACCUUGUUGAUUAUGUCUGUAACAGUGAACAGUUAUAAGACUUUUUUUCCAUUUUUGUGCUAAUUUAUUCCACGGUAGCUCUCACACCAGCGGGCCAGUUAUUAAAAGCUGUUUAAUUUUUCCUAGAAAACUCCACUACAGAAUGACUUUUUAGAAGAAAAAUUUCAACAAAUCCUGAAGUCUUUCUGUGAAGUGACCAGUUUUGAACUCUGAAGACAAAUAAUUGCUGUAAAUUCCUUUUGAUUUUCUUUUUCCGGGUUCAUGGUCCUUGGUAAUUUCAUUCAUGGAAAAAAAUCUUAUUAUAAUAACAACAAAGAUUUGUAUAUUUUUGACUUUAUAUUUCCUGAGCUCUCCUGACUUUGUGAAAAAGGGUGGAUGAGAAUGCAUUCCGAAUCUGUGAGGGCCCAAAACAGAAUUUAGGGGUGGGAGAAAGCACUUGUGCUUUAGCUUUUUCAUAUUAAAUAUAUAUUAUAUUUAAACAUUCAUGGCAUAGAUGAUGAUUUACAGACAAUUUAAAAGUUCAAGUCUGUACUGUUACAGUUUGAGAAUUGUAGAUAACAUCAUACAUAAGUCAUUUAGUAACAGCCUUUGUGAAAUCAACUUGUUUACUAUUGGAGAUAACCACACUUAAUAAAGAAGAGACAGUGAAAGUACCAUCAUAAUUAACCUAAAUUUCUGUUAUAGCAGAGUUUCUUGUUUUUAAAAAAAUAAAAUCAUCUGAAAAGCAUUUGUACAGUAAAAUGUAUAAUGAAGCUUUGCCAACCAGACUGUGCUAGCAACACAUUUUUUUAAAUAGCUUUAUGCAGUGGUAAUAAGGUGGCCUCAAAUAUAUUAUGUCUGAUGGAGAGUUAUUAGUGAAAUGGAUGUGGUCUUUCUUAAGGCCUGGGUGGACCAUAAACUUUGCCAAUAGUAUAACUCUUGUCUUCUGGCCACUUGAUGUUUAAAUAUCUGAAAUAUCAUUUUGAAAAAAAUACAUCUAUAUAUAACCUACAUGAAGAGAUGCUAAGCUGACAGUGAUAUUUUAGCACAUUUGAAGACUGGGAAGAGAUUUUCAGGUGAAUUUUAACUGGUCUAUUCUUGCCCUUAGUAUCUACUUCAAAUUGAAGUCUACAAACAAAGCAGUUCCUUUGGGAGGUUUUUAGUUUGAGUUUUAGCAUGUGUGCAUAUGCGUGUGUGUGUGUGUGUGUGUGCGUGUGCAUAUGUGUGUGGGAAUUUCCUAUCUGCCUGGAUAUAUUAGCAGAGUUUGAAUGUAGUUUUGGCCUUUGGCCGUUAGACUUCUAUUAAAAUUCUUUAAUAGUCAUACAACCAACAUAGAGUUGAAUGAGAACUGCCGAUGUAAUUAAUAGGCAUAACAUCCAUUUCAAACAUCUCAACACUUUAAAGAAAAGCCCUUUGUUUCAAAAAAAAAAAAAGGGUUUGUAACUAACUAAAUACCUAACAUGUAAUUGACACUAAAAUAUGAACUUUGUCUUAUUUAGUUUCUGUUAUAGCUGUAAAACUUCAGGCAGAGCCAUAACAUUGUACAGAGUAUAGCACUUGUGAUUAAACCUAGCCUGUUAAAUCCUGAAACCUUCAACCAUUACUUCUGUGAAUACUUUUGCCCUGGGAUUUGGGUUUUUCUGUUCCAGUGUUGUGUCUGUUGCCGGCAAUGGACACACCAUAUCUGCUGCUGGCCCAAGGAACGUCAUUAAUUUUUCUUUCCAAAUUAAAUAUUAUGUGCUAGUCAGUAUAUAGUAAAGCACUUCUCUUUUUUAUUACUAAAAAGCUGGCAUUAGAUUUGCAUUAUAAAUACCUCUCUAGGAACUUUAUACUCCUUUUCCUUCUUCAACAGCUGUUGCCCUUAAAUCUUAUCUUUUGGCCUUGAAAGUUUAUAGCUAUUGUUUUUCAGUUGUUCGUUGUUUUGUUUUGUUUCACUUUAGUUCUGUAGUACCUGCCCAUUAAUAUUUUUGCUUUGAUUCUAGCAAUGUGUAUGUAUCUGUAUAAAAAAUAAAAUAAUGAAAGCAGCCUAAAAAUAGGAUGCACCAAUA